CCCAGCCCCUCGCCGCGCAGGGAGCAGCAGGCAGAGCGCCCCGGGCUCCCCCCGGCUCCGGAUGAAGGCAGGAUGAGCAGUGCCCAGGGACAGCCAGGUGGGGAUUUGGAUUUGGAUUUGGAUUUGGCCAGGAGCGAGCAGAGCGUGGAGCAAACCAGCCAGCAUCCCCUUUGUGCCCCUCAGGAGCCGGGCAGGGCCGGGCAGGAGCAGCCUGUGCACCCUGGGGACAGUGACAGCGCUAAAGGAGGCCAGGAUGCAGGAGCCCCGGAGGAGCCGCUGCUGAGCCUCCCCAGUGAGCUCUCCGUGCUGGACAGGCUCGGCUUGCACAGGGUGGCUCUGACCGAGCAGGAUCUGGAGGCAGCCUUUGCCCACCUGGCCCUGGCUUUCCGCUGCGACGUGUUCACCCUGCAGCAGCGGGUGCAGGUGGAGAGGCGGGCGCGGGACGCAGCGGAGGAAAACAUCCAGGAGGAGCUGGGGCAGUGCCGGGCUGCCCUGGAGAGGCUGGGCCGAUCCUGUGCCAGUGCAGGCUGCAAGGAGACGCUGGAGCAGCUGCAGCACAACCUGGCCGUGCUGGCAGCAGCUGUGGAGAGGGCAACCAGUGCUGCAGAGAAGCUGGGGGCUGUGCACCAGGAGGCCAGGAUGAGCCGGGCAGCAGAGGUGAUGGUGCAGCACGUGGAGAACCUGAAGCGGCACCAGCAGCGGGAGCACGCGGAGCUGGAGGAGAUGAAGCGCCUGAUCCAGCAGAACUCCCGCAACCGGCAGCUGGCAGAGAGCCAGGAUGAUGUGGAGCCACGGCUGAGACCUCACCCCCUGAAGAGGACUUUCCAGCAGGGGUCUGCCCGCCGCAGGGUCAGCAUCGCCGUCAUCCCCAAGCAGCUCCUGCCAGGUGCCAGCCCUGAGAGCCGAGUAGCCCCAGCAGGUGACCUGGAGCCAGAGGGUGCCCAGCGCUGGCCCAGCACCCCCAGGAGUGAGCUGGAGCCACAGGGCCAGCGCAGCGCCGUGACUGGGAAGCUGGUGGCAGAGGGCAGAGGAUCCGGCACAGGGAACGAGGAGCCAGAGCAGCUUGGGCUGACGUCCAAGGGCUCUGCAGAGGAGCUGUGGCGUCCAUGGCUCUUCCUCCCACAGCACUACUGGGUUUUCUUCUGGCUGCUUCUGCUGAGCAUCGCCUUCCUCCUCCUCGUCCGUGGGCUGGAGCUGCAGAGGCUGCAGCCUGCAGCAUCACCCAAGGCCUAGCUGGACCAGGGAGGGGGAGCUGAGAGCAUCUCUGCUCCUUCCCCACGGCCCAAAACACCAAACCCCUAGAAUAAUAAAACGGGAGGAAAAACGGGGGAAUUGUAA